AAUUAAGCCUCGGAGCACCGGCAAGCGAAGAGGCGACGGUAACCUCGUCCCGAGGAAAAGAGGGGGACCGACUUCCCUGUAUCGUAGUCAUUUCUGGCAAGGGGCGACGAGAAACACUACAUGCGCACUGUGGACUAUGGUACCAACGGGGUAUGCUGUACUGUAUGCUACUGACGAGCAGUGAGAGAUGGGGGGAAUGGAGGAGGGUGUCUCGUCUCAGCAGCAAGGCGGGGAAUCAGACAAGAGGCAAGGUGAACGCAGGGGUUUGAAUGAAAGGAAUGGACAAUAGACAAACGAGGAACGAGGAACGAAGUAAGGGACAGGAAAGCAAUAGCACCAGACGAAGUUGAGGAGCCCAAGACUGGCAUGCAUGAGGAACUGGAUGAUAUCGCCGGGUCUUAUGAGAGAGCCUAACAACCAGAACUCUUGGGGAGGCGCUGCACUGCAGAUAUCAAGGGGGUCUGCCCGAAGGGGGGUAUCAGAGAGGUGGGUAAAGGCCGAUAUAUCCCUCGAGCAUCAAUACGCAGUCCUCGCAAAAAGCAUCAAGAACCAAGUCGAGAGUUGGGUGCGUCAACAGGCAAGAGUCGGGGAGGCGAAAAAGAAACGGACAUGUAACGGACCAGCCUAUGGUGAUGGUCCGUCAUCUUUUCCGUCUGGGCCUGCUUCUGGCUACUGUAGCGAUAAGAAAGUGAGUAUGCACCUGACUGAGGUGCGAGACAAGCUCUGCCAUGCAGCAAGGGAUGGAAGAAGAGGGAAAAAGAGGAGGGGGGAGGCCGGCAGAGAGGGUGCAUAUGCUUCCAGUGGUGAGCUUUGCAUGAGCGGCUUUCUUUCUUUGUGCCUCCCUUGUAUUCCAAAGGUUCAGAGGUCCAAAGGUCCCAGGCCUUCUGCCAUGUUGACCUGUCUGAGCCUCUAGCAUGUCUUGCCGCAGCACGAGGGCGACAAAACUGGGAGGAAUACCAUGAUUCGAUACCGGAGACUGCGAGACAAGUCUUUGCGGCA